UAAAUAGGCACGGGAUAAAAAAGCGUCUAGUCCAUACCACUUUUUCAAAAAAGAGAGGUGAUUCUAAAUUCAACUUUGUUUCGCGGACCUAAUGCGGGUAUCUUGUGGCCACAACGUUAUCACAUAAUUUUCCGCUAACAUUGUUAACCAGAAAACUGACCCUUCAUUUUGAGAUUAUGUUAUGAGAAGGAGCUUAGCACCAAGUAAAUUAAAUUGUACAAGAGAGUCGUCCAGUGCACCCGAGCCGCCGCUGAAAAAGUACAGAACUGUUUUGCAUGAAAAAAACGUUCCAGAUCAUUCUCCGGUUGACUUCAACUCUUUCAGAAAGUCAUCACCUGCAUGCGACUACUCCGAUCCUCACGAAAAUCUUAUUCGCAAUAUAUUAUCAAAGCCUUUUCGAGUGCCAAUUAUUAACUAUAAUGGUAGUUCAAAUGAUGUAAGGGUCUUGGGUGUUCGUCGUAACACAUCUAGGGUUGCUUUACACGACCCUUUUGAAGAGGAUGCCCUAGUUUUGUAUUCACCUCCAGAAGUGACAGCCCAUGACGCUCUUAAACAAGAGGCAACUAAGAAGUUAGUUCACGUCGUCGUCGACCCGAUGUUAUCGAAAAUUCUUCGUCCUCAUCAGCGUGAAGGUGUCAAGUUUAUGUAUGAUUGUGUUACUGGUGUACAAAUACCUAACAAUCAUGGAUGUAUAAUGGCAGAUGAAAUGGGUCUUGGCAAAACAUUGCAAUGUAUCACAUUGAUCUGGACAUUAUUGCGUCAAGGUCCGGAAGGUAAACCAAUAAUCGACAAGGCAGUGAUCGUUACACCUAGUAGCUUGCUAAGAAAUUGGUACAAUGAAUUUCAAAAGUGGUUACACGGGAAAAUACAUCCAUUGGCUAUCGAUUCCGGGAGUAAGGAAGAUAUUGAUAGCAAAUUAGCUGGUUUUCUUUCACAAGCCGGUCGUCGAAUUCCGUCGCCAAUUUUAAUUAUCUCUUAUGAAACGUUUCGAUUGCAUGCUUCCGUUUUACACAAAGGUUCUGUGGGUCUGGUUCUGUGUGAUGAGGGUCAUCGUUUAAAGAAUUCUGAAAAUCAAACAUAUCAAGCACUAGUUCAAUUAAAAUGUCCACGUCGUGUACUUCUUUCUGGAACACCGAUUCAAAAUGAUUUACUGGAGUAUUUCAGUUUAGUUCACUUUGUCAAUAUGGGAUUAUUGGGUACAGCCAGUGAAUUUAGACGUCACUACGAAAUACCCAUUUUACGUGGACGUGAUGCAGAUGCUACUAAUGAAGAUCAAAAGAAAGGUGAAGAGAUACUGCAGGAACUUUUAGGUAUUGUGACACGAUGUAUUAUUCGUCGAACUCAGGCUCUACUCACAAAAUAUUUACCUGUGAAAAUCGAACAAGUAGUUUGCUGCAAUUUAGUUGGAAGUCAGCGUGAAGUAUAUUCAGAUUUUGUUAAACGAAUGGCAAGUGAAGUUUCAUUGAAAAUGAAUAUUGCAGAUGAUUUGCGUAAUGAUAAGUUAUCAAUCUCUAGUCUGGCGUCUAUAACACAUUUAAAAAAGUUAUGUAAUCAUCCAGAUCUAGUAUAUGAGAAAAUGGCAGCAAAUACGGAUGGCUUUCAUAAUGCCCUUAGUUAUUUUCCAGCUAAUUAUCAAGGCUCACUUGAAUCUAACGCUUCUGUAAAACCUGAACUAUCUGGUAAAUUUCAAGUUCUUGACUGUCUUUUGGCCGUAAUUAAGUCUACAACGUCUGAUAAGGUUGUUCUUAUUUCAAACUACACUCAAACAUUAGAUCUUUUUGAACGUUUGUGCCUUCAAAGGGGGUAUAAUUUUGUACGACUAGACGGUACAAUGACAAUAAAAAAACGAGCAAAAGUUGUCGAACAGUUUAACGAUCCAACUUCUCGUGAUUUUGUCUUUAUGCUGAGUAGUAAAGCUGGUGGCUGUGGUCUUAAUUUAAUUGGUGCUAACCGUCUUGUUAUGUUUGAUCCUGAUUGGAAUCCAGCUAAUGAUGACCAAGCAAUGGCACGUGUAUGGCGCGAUGGUCAGAAGAAACAGUGCUACAUUUAUCGUCUUAUUUCGACGGGUACCAUUGAAGAGAAGAUGCUUCAACGUCAAGCGCAUAAAAAAGCUCUUAGCAGUUGUGUAGUUGAUCAACAGGAAGAAGUCGAACGUCACUUUAGUAUCGAUGAUUUAAGAGAGCUUUUCAUGUACCAUUCUGAGACGUUAUCGGAUACUCAUGAUAGAUUCAAAUGCCGUCGUUGUGUCAAUUCUGUACAAAUAAAGCCUCCACCAGAAGGAACAGACUGUAAUUCAGAUUUUUCUCAAUGGAAUCAUUGUUAUACAAAAAAGGCGUUAAAUGAUUCAGUGCUGAAAGCAACUUGGGAUACUGGUUGCAUAUCAUUUGUAUUUUGGCAUUAUUCUCAUGAAGAACAACGUAAAACUGUAUAGUAUUUUUGUUCUAGUUGGUUGUAAUAUGUGAUUGAUUUUCCUGAUUUUUUUAUUGGUUCUCUUAUGGUAUGGUGAAUUCAAUUUUUAAAAUUUUCUUAUCUUUGUAUUCCGUCUGAAGACACUAGGACUGUUCUUGUACUUCUUUUACAAUACCACACGUUUUGCUUAUCUAUGCUCUCAUAACUGUUUAUCUCAAUAUUGGUUAGUAUCUAAACUUAACUAGCCCAGUCAAUAAAAAUAACUAAUCAACUACGAUUAUAAUUGAUUAUCAUGUUUCUUUGGCGAGCCUUCUGUAUCAGCCUUUACAAAAUGACUACGUUAUCUUCAUCUUCGAAAUUGUAGUUGCACUGGUGAUUACCAUUUCUACUGAUGUUUACUAUGCAGUUCGCAUUCGCUUUUGUCUCACAUAGUAACUCAUGAUUCGACUUUAUUAGUAUACGUUUGUCAACUUAGUUUCUUUUUCAGUUUAUUUACAUGCAAUACAUGUUUGCAGAUAUUCACAUGGCAUCUAGAAUUUUCCGCUGGUCAUAUGCAUUUGUAUCUGCACAUCCAGCUAUGGAACUUAUACAGCUCAAAUUAACGUUUAUCGCAACUUUCAGCAUAUAAACAACGUUAUUUUACUGUGAUAUUAUAGCAUACAUCCGAACUAGUAUAUUUAUUCAACUUUGAUGUUGCUAUUUGCGUAUUUUACUCACAAUGAGCUAAACGUUGACCUUACCAG